UGAGCAGCAUAAUGGCGGGCGUCCAAACGGUUAAAGAGCCGAGCUCCCGUUCAGCUGGAGGCUGAGGUGCAGAAGUGGAGGAACAGUUUGGAGACAACCACAACGUGUCGUUUAACCUUCUCUCGUAAGGAAAACACGUCCGCUAUGUCUUGUGCUGGAAGUCAGGGAUGUUUUAAAGCUCGUCGAGCAACGUAGCGAGUCUGUAUGUUUAACUCUGGUUGUUUUAUAUAGUGGAAGGCUUUAGCUAAUAGCAGCGGGACACGUAGAUAUAGACGCUAGCUGCUAGUAGCUCGUCGGCUGUUCUCGUCCAACAGUUUCGGUCAAGCGAUAUAAGGUUUCUGAGAGAGUUUUAUUUUAAUAUAAAAACACCAAACAACGAAGCCUGCUCACAGAAUACAGAACCCGUUUGGCGAAAGAAGCGGAACGAGGAGGAACAACUGCAGCGAGUUGAAUGUGGGAGUCAUGGCUGAACACCCCCCUCCACUGGAGUCCGGCCAGUUAAUCAGCGCAGAUCUGGCACUCCUCACACCACAACCACCUCCACCUAGCAUGGUCAACGGAGAUGGGGCCCAACAAGUAAUCUUGGUUCAAGUAAACCCAGGUGAGGCCUUCACAAUUCAGCGAGAGGAUGGUCAAUUUCAGUGUAUCACAGGUCCUGCUCAGGUUCCCAUGAUGUCCCCAAAUGGUUCAGUGCCUCCAAUCUAUGUGCCUCCUGGAUACGUUCAACAAAUCAUUGAAGAGAAUGGAGUGAGGCGGGUUCUGGUGUUGCCUCAGGCGGAGUUUCACCCUGGGGGCCACUCUCCGCUGCACCACCCUGCCACCCACCCCCACCUGCAGGCCUUCAUCCCCCAUCCACAUCCCAUCCUGCCUCAUCCUCCUCCUCACCUGUUCUCAGGCAUGGCUGGAGGAACUGGAGACAUGAAUGCCCAGUACAUCUCCCAGUACCACCCAGCCCACAUUUACCCAGACCAGGUUUCUCCAGACGCUCACCCGGCGCAUGGACGCGCAGCGUUUCACCGGGAUGAAAGGGCUAACAAGGCGCAUGAACGACUGCAGAAGAAACUGAAAGAGCGUCAGGGUGGUCAGGCAGGAGGAGGAGGUGGAGGCCAGGCUCCUACCAAAGACAGUCCUCCUCUCUCUCCACAGAAGAACCGUGGAACCCCACCAGCAGCUGGAGGCGACCUUCAGAACGGCCUCCUUAAAGGUUUGGAGGAGCAAAGUCAGGCUGCUACACUCGGCAGCCUGGGGAAAGAAUGUCCAGGAAGACUAAGAGAGACAGAGCUUGCCGAAUCGAAUGAAAAGGUGCAGGCUCUUCUGGAAUGGUUAAGCAAUAUCAGCAAACCUGUGGUGGCUGAUAUCCAGGCCAGAGGAGCAUGCGUCUGCUGGACAACUCCAGUCUGGAAAACUGCAGAUGAGGAACAGAAAGAGCCAGAGGAGAAACCUGAGGAGGCCAGUAUCAGCUAUGAGGUGUCUGUCUCAUACAGCGGCAAGGACGGCAAAUACAACACUGCCUACAGUGGUAAGGAGCAAAGUGCAACCAUAGAGAACCUAAGACCAGCAACAGACUACCAUGUCAGGGUCCAGGCCAUGUAUAACUGUUUACAAGGAAACCCCUCUGAGCCUGCAAGUUUUACAACUCUGAGCUGUGAACCUGACGCACCCAUCCCACCUCGCAAAGCCAGCGGCACCAAAAACUGCCUCGUUCUGCAGUGGAAGGCUCCUUGUGACAAUGGUUCCAAAAUUCAAAACUACAUUCUCCAGUGGGACGAGGGUAAAGGUACAGGAAUGUUCGAGCAGUGCUACUAUGGCCCUCAGAAGCAGUACAGGGUGACCAAGCUCUCGCCAGCAUCCAAAUACUCAUUCCGCCUAGCAGCCAAAAACGACAUGGGUGUCAGUGAGUUCAGUGAACCUGUACACAUGUUGACCUCAUGCAGUGUCCCUGCACCUCCAAAGAGCCUUGAGCUUCUCCAGGCUGGGGUCACUUGGCUGUCCCUGCAGUGGAACAGGCCAGAGAGCUCACCAAAAGAAGACGAUAUCGGUUAUGUACUGGAAAUGGAAGAAGAGGGCUCGGGUUAUGGGUUCCAGCCAAGCUAUGAUGGUGAUGAGCCGUCAUGCACAGUGAGGAAUCUGCAUCGGAGCACCAAGUACAAAUUCAGAGUUGCUGCAUAUAAUGCAGAAGGGAAGAGUAACCCGAGUCCCGUAUCAGAGUUUACCACGGCCCCAGACAGACCUGGAUGCCCCAGCAAACCCUAUGUUAAGGGCAAACAGCAUCCUACCAGCUUCCGCAUUACCUGGGAUCUUCCCAAAGAGACUGGUGGCUCAGAUGUGACUGAGUAUGUUGUGGAACUGUCUGAAGGACUGAGUGGCUCCUCUUGGGAGGAAGUUUACAGGGGUUCAGCUAUGGAAUGCGUGUGCGAUGGGCUGAAGCCGGGCGGGACAUACCAAGCUAGAGUCUGCUGCCACAGCAAAGGAGGACAAAGCCCACUUUCGGAGACCCUGCAGGUCCAGACUCCAGCUGUUCCUCCUGGCCCCUGUCUGCCUCCAAGAGUAAUUGGCAAACCAAAAGCCAGAGAGGUGCAACUUCGCUGGGCUCCUCCUCAGGUGGAUGGUGGGAGUGCGGUGUGUGCUUACAGUGUGGAGAUGUUUGCCCCCCAAGGAGAGGAGCCUAGAGAGGUCCACCAGGGCCAUGAGCUUGAAUGCACCGUGCAUAGCCUACUACCUGGAAGAACAUACGGCUUCUGCCUGAGAGCUGCCAACAAAGCUGGGUAUGGGCCUUUCUCUGAACGUGUUGAGGUGACUACAGGACCCGGAGCACCUGAGCCUUGUCGACCUCCUCAUGUCAUUUGCAAAUCUCCUUCUUGUGCUGUGGUCAGCUGGGAAGCUCCAUCUUGUAAUGGUGCAGCUGUGACUGAGUUUCGUCUGGAGUGGGGGGCAGCUGAGGGGAGCAUGCAGCUGAUCUACAAUGGAGCUGCAACAAGCUAUGAGCUCAAAGGCUUGCUGCCUGCCACUAACUAUUUCUGCAGAGUGCAGGCAGUGAAUGUGGCUGGCGUAGGGACAUUUAGUGAAGUGGUACUGUGUCAGACGCCCUGUUCUGUGCCUGCAACGGUCAGUGUUGUUCAUGCUCUCCGCGAGAGCGAAAUGAAGAUGGAUGAGAAGGGCUCUGAUGGAGAAGAAAAGGAGGAGGAGGAGGAUGAAGAAGAUGAGGAAGAUGGAGAAAGACCCUCUCCUCUAUUGUACUCCCCUUCUACUUGCUUGGGCCUGCGCUGGGAGGCACCAUGUGAUCAUGGGGCAGAGAUUAUAUCUUACCUGAUUGAUAUAGGAGAAAGACAGCCGAUCUCAACUGGCCCUGUAAACAAGUACAUUAUACAGAACCUGCAACCUGAUACCACCUACAGGAUAAGGGUCCAGGCUCUGAACAACCUUGGUGCUGGUCCCUUUAGCCACACUUUUAAACUGAAGACAAAACCGUUGCCUCCUCUGCCUCCACGGCUGGAGUGUACUGCAUUCAGCCACCAGACUCUCAGGCUGAAGUGGGGUGAUGGUCCAGCCAAGAAUUCUCCCACAGACUCACUGCAGUACCAGCUCCAAAUGGAGGACAGAAAUGGCAGGUUUAUAUCCUUGUAUAAAGGACCUUGCCACACUCACAAAGUGCAGAGGCUAAAUGAGUCUACCUCUUAUUCGUUUCGCAUCCAAGCCUUUAACGAGGCGGGCGAAGGGCCCUUCUCUUCUGUGUACACCUUCACCACCCCCCGCUCACCUCCAGCUCCACUCAAAGCACCACGUGUGGAACGACUGGAUGAAUCCUGUGAGAUUAAUUGGGAAUCUUUGUCACCUAUGAAGGGAGAUCCAAUCAUAUACUGCCUGCAGUGCAUGCAGGGAAAUUCUGACUUUAAACAGAUGUACAAGGGCUCAGACACUCUAUUCCGCCUCUACUCUCUGAGCUCAUCCUCUGAAUACCGUUUUCGUGUGUGUGCAAUCCGCCAGUGCCAGGAUGCUCCGGAGAUCAUGGGGCCGUACAGUCCCAGUGUCACUUUACUGCCUGUUCGUGUCGAAUCUCCCAGCUCAUCCGGCAGCACGGGGCCUAAAGCUGCCGAAAGCCAGCAGCCUCGACGCAGCCUCACAGACGAGCAGUUCUCCCUCCUCAUCAUCGCCCUGCUCGCCCUCACAUCCAUCCUCAUUGCCGUGGCCAUCCAGUACCUCGUCAUUGAGUGAUCCCCGACGCCACAAGGCCAAAUCCUGUCGUUUUUGGUUUCGUUUUUCUUUUUUGUCCAUUUAAUUUUCCGUCUGUUUCGUUUUCGGCACCAGAGUGCGUUGAGGGGAAACGGUGAGUGAAGGGAAAGGAUGAGACAAGGAAGCUGACGCCGUAGAAUUAUUUCAUCGACUUUUUUUUUUUUUUUUUUUUUUUUAAAUCCUUCUUUCUGCUAUGGAACAUUUCUUUCUGUGCAGCGCUGUUAGAAAGAACAGUAUUUCUCUCUUUCUCUCAUUAGCUGGAAGGUUUAUUACCAAGGGAUUAGGAACGAAGCUUACUGUUCAUUGCAUACCCCUUUUUAUCAUUCAUUUAUAUGUGUAGCUAUAGGUUUUUUUUUAUUAUUUAUAUUUUUAGUUUUAACUAUAAUUUGUCCAGUAUGUGAUUUUGGAUCCGUGUUCCAUAGCUGGCAUGGUGAUGGUGUGCAGUUUGCUGGUGAACUGUUUGCUAGUGCACCGGUGAGUUAUUUGGUGGUGGUGGACGGUUUGCUGAUGCGCUGGUGCCCAGUUUACUCGUGAGUGCACGUUUGUUGGUGAGCUAUUUACUGGUGCACUACUCGUUCGAUUGGUUGGGCGUGCUUUCCCAGUGAGUUACUGGUGAGCCAUUUACUUGUGCACCGGUGCACGAUUUGGUGGUGAGCCGUUUGCUGUUGCACUGGUCACCGGUGCAGUGGCCGCUGUUCGUCGAUAAGCUUUUCACGAUGCGCCGCUCACUGGCGUGCUUUUAGGGGACAGAACUCAGAGGGCCAGUGAAUACAGAGGAGAGGGAUGAAGAAAGGUAGGGUAUGCGAUACGAAAGGUCCUGACGGGACCGAGCUCUAUCUCGUAGAUUAGUUUGACAUCACUGAGAGAAGGGAGACUGAUACAUAUGUUCACCUUAUAGAAGAUUUCAUUUAGCACUUUCCUUAAAAAAAAAACUUUUUUUUUUUUCUUUUUUGUUUGUUUUGAUGUGCAGAAUGUGUAGGGAUGCAAAAAAAGACAAGAGAAAUGGUAGUAUAUUUUUGUACAGCAUGAUGCAAGGACCUGCUCAUUUGAGAUCUAGGGUUGGUAUAGGGUUAGAUCAGUGAUUAUGGGGGGAGGAAAAAAAUAAACCUAACACAGUCAAAAGUUAUUUUUAUUAUCAUGUAAUUAUACUGUAGCUUAAUUUUACAUGCAGCUGCUUUGCUCUGAAAUAUUGUCCAGCCCAAAAAAAAUGUAUGCUUAUCCAGUUAUUUUUGCACCUUAGUGAGAAGAAAAAAAACAAAAAAAAAACAGUACUGACUGCGUCUUGAUCUUGUGAUGCGUUUUAUGGAGCACACACUCUGAUUGUGCGAGCCCUUGUGUAUUUGGGUGUUGAAUUGUAGUACCAUAAAACUAGUUAUUGAAAUCUUUUAUUUGAAGAGUAAUGAUUUCAGACUUGUGAUUGGAAUCAACCAUUUCUUCUGCCUAGUGUUUUCUUAAUUUCUCUGAUUUUUGUUUCUAUUUACCAUUAUUCAUUUUCUCCUCAAUACUGAGUAUAAAAGUAUUCAUAUUCACCAAUGUUAUUCAUUCGUUUCUUUGUUUGAUUCACAUAUUUGAAGGUUUUUUUUUUUUAAUUUAUGCAAAAAAUCAAGGUUAAUCAUCUCCAGAGAAACUAAGAAAAAAAUAAAAAAAGAAAGCAAAAAGCAGUUCUAAAAUGUGUUGAUCCCACAUGUACUUCCUGUGAAACAGAAUUGUUUGCCUUUUCUUUAUGUAAAGUCAUUGUGAUAGAUUGCCGACGCUGCAGGAUGGCAGUGAGACAAUCUUGCUGUGAGGUCUAGUGUCGUGAGUGGUUAUGGCAUUGGUGCUGUCACGACAAUUUAAGAACUACAGGUACCUUGCAAGUCUUGGUUUAAUUACAUGAUUUGGUCUAGGUGGUUUGCAGAUGUCUUCUAUUUGUCACUGAAGGAAAAAAAAAACCCAAAUUCCUAUUUUUGAUAGUGAUAAAACUGUAAUUGCAAAGUGUGCCAUUUUAACAUCUCCCCCACCAUAGUAGAACUCUACAUUUGGUCCAUGGGAGGAGACAAAAAAGAAACCUACAAAAAUAUGCACAAAAAUGAGACCAUUUUUAUGUAAUUUUAAUGGUUGCAGUUACCUCAUACACCCGUACAUUCCAAAAUGAAUUUAUUAUACUAUACAUAGUACCAGACAUAUCACUUUAAAAUGUUCGUUAUGAAUUCAGAAAUGUAUAAUCAUAAAUAUGUAUCUAAAAGUGUAUCUGUAAAGUCAUGAUAUCUACAGAAAGAACCAUGCACAAUAAAAGGUUUAUAAUUCUUAA